AUGUUGACCCGACUGAUUCGUCGCGGAUCUGCGUAUGAAGUGAACUUCAAUCGCCUGUCAUGGAGCUCACUCAAGAACCGUUUUCCAAUGACAAACGUGCCCAUCCGAAGCUUACAACUAUCAUCUUCAGCUCAAAUGGGUGCCAAUAAAGCCGCAGGAGCUGCGUUUGGCAAGAGGACAAUGCCCAAGAAUGCAGUAGUCUCGACCUUCAUAAAUACGACGAUUUUGAUUCUCAUGGGAUCGGUAGGCAGUUUGUUGUACCACAAAUAUCAACAAAAGCAGAAACGAUUGGCCAAAAUCGAUCGGGUUCUCCCGGUCUCUCCUUAUUUCAAGGCUCCACUCAAGUUGGUGAUGUACCGAAACACCGUGGUAACCGAGGAGAUGGUCCUCGACGGAACUGCGGAGAGAGUGGAAGCCUUUGAGACCCGACCCACCGAUAUUUUCUUGACUAGUUUCCCCAAAUCCGGAACCACGUGGCUCCAAGAAGUAGUCUUCAGGCUGUGCAACCAAAAUCAGGACUCGACUGAGAUCUUGGAAGACCGCGUGCCGUAUUUAGAAUUUCCUUAUCCGGGGAUCAAGGACAUCAGCCAACGAGAAGGGCAAAGGCUGAUCAAAAGUCACCUUCCCUUACAUUUAUUGCCCAAGGGGGUAUGGGAUGGCCAAGGAAAGGUGAUAUACAUUUACCGCAACCCAAAAGACGUGGCUGUGUCGUACUUCCAUUUCGCUCAGCUCUUGUCUUAUCUGAACUUUCAAGGCCCUUUUUCGAGAUUCGUUCAGCUCUUUGUCAAGGACGAAAUUCCAUAUGCGCCUUAUUUCCCUCAUGUCAAUGAAUACAUCCAGUACAGUCGAGAUCGCCCAGAACAAAUUCUCUGUAUCUCCUAUGAGGAUAUGAAAGAGAAUCCAGAACGGGAAGUGAGGAAAAUUGCCAAGUUUUUGAAAGCCGAUGCCACCGACGAAAUGAUUGAAAGCAUUUGCGAGAAGACCACAUUCGAUGCCAUGAAGGUCAAUCCAGCAUCGAAUUAUCAACAUUGGAAGACGUUCGGAUUAGUACUUCCUAAUCGAGAGCCAUUCAUGCGGAAAGGCAUUGUGGGUGACCAUGCCAACUACUUCAAAGAUCCCUUCACUCAAAAUGAAAUGGACAAAUUUAUCGAAAUUGGAGUGAAAAAUACCGGACUAAAUUUUAGGUACUCAAUAUCCAAUGACAACUAAAUGAGUGCUUCCUGGGUUCCCACUGUGAGUUGAUGGUCUAUUGUGUGGAGAUGUAUACGUGUUCAAUCGAAUAACAGUAAUACUGAUAAAAAUGUCCUCUUUCCAACAAAUAACGGCAAUACUGAUGGGGAAAGGUUCCACAUCAACAACGAUGAGUGAGAUUCGAGAAAAGCGAUUGAUUUGGUGCAGAUAGCCAGCCAUUC